UCGAACUAGAUAACGAAAUGAAAAGUCGAAAAGAAAAAUUACAAGUUGUGAAAAUCACUGCCACUCUCUUUCUACGGUUACGCCCUCUCCUUCUCCUUUUCUCUUCCUCUUCCAUGUCAUGGCUACCGCCAACGUCGACUCCUCCGCCUUCGCCUUCAACUGUCUCCCCGACAAAGACGUCAGCCAACUGCAGAUGGAAUCCCUUCCUCUAAUAGACCUCCGGCUUCUGUCUCAGUCCGAACUCCUCUCCCUGUCUCUCUGCUCCUUCUCCUUCUUAAACAACCCCCUUCAAAACGAAGCUGACGUCGCAACUCUCAAAAUAGAUCGCUCUGUUUUUAAUGAAUCUGCCGGAAGUCGUAAACAGACUUUCUCUCGGCUUCGUUUAGCCCGUCGUAACAACAAUAAUUCACACUUCUCUACUCCUUCAAUUCGAAAUCAAAUUCCUCACCAAACUGUUGAAAUUUCACAAGAUGAAGAAAAUUCUCAGAUUAUUUACCUUAUUAAGUCUCUUUUUGGCUCUAAUUUUGAGAAUGAGAAGGAGAAUAACGAAGUUGAUAAUGUUAACCUAUUUUCUGAUGAUAACCUAAUUUCUGUUCCGAUUACUUACAAUGAGUCUUUCCAAGCAUUACAAGAUUUAGCUGUGGCUGAUUAUAGCGAUGAAACAAAGCAAGCAAUUGCUACGGCUAUUACUCAUUCUGAGUCUACUGCAGAAAAGAGGAAGCGAGGUAGACCACGAAAAAAUUUGAGUGAUUUUGUCGGUAACAAUAAUGUCGAUGGAAAUGAUAAUGGGAAUGAAAAGGAGGAGAAGGAGGAGACUGCCAUUACAGAUUCUAAGAGGAAGCGAGGCAGACCGCAAAAAGAUGCAAGCACUUUAGGUUGUCACAACAAUAAUAAUGUGAAUGCGAACGAGGAGAAGCGUGCUGUCUGUGAAAACCCGAGGACGCAGGAGGAGGAGAAGCGUGGAAUGAAGGUGGAGUUGGGUAGUAGUGAGGAGGAUCCAUAUGCGGAGGAGUUGAGGAGAAGAACUAUGGGAAUGCAGACAGAGUCGGAGUUGUUAGGGUUUCUGGAGGGUUUGCAAGGAGAAUGGAUGAGUAAGAGGAAAAAGAGGAAAAUUGUGGAUGCUAGUGUGCUUGGGGAUGUGUUGCCUAGAAACUGGAAGCUUAUUCUUUGCAAUAAGAGGAGAGCUGGGUUUUUUUGGUUGGACUGUACUGGAUAUAUAAGCCCUAAUGGGCAGCAGUUUAUGUCCUGCAAGGAAGUUUCAUCGAAUUUGCUUUCCAAAGAACUUCAAGGUGUGAGCCAAUCAAGUUUUGGUCAUGAUGAUAGCAACAUUCAGUUGACAGGCACAGUAUCAUAUGGAAAUGCUGCUGAUCUCACCCUUAAAAAUAACAAGAAUGGGGGUGGUUUUAUAUCCUCUCCAGCAUUGCCUGUUACAAAAUCGGUUGAACAUGAGAAGCAAGCUACCACAUUGGCGGCAGUGGUUCCUCCCCAUGUGCAAACUGUGGAGAAAUAUAACUGCCAUAAAUGCACCAUGGCUUUUCAAGAGCCGGAUGACUUGCUGCAGCACUUACUGUCAUCACAUCAGAGGGCUCCAAAGAGGCUUAGACAAGGAACAUCCACGAAUGAGGAGCUGAUAAUUAAAAAUGGAAAGUAUGAGUGCCAAUUUUGUCCAAAAAUGUUUGAAGAGAGGCAUCGUUUUAAUGGUCACCUUGGGAACCACAUCAAAGACUACUUUAAGAGGAUUGAAGCUUCAGGUGGUGUCAUGAAAAUUCAAAGGAGCACUGUACCUCCAUCAGUAGCGAUUCAUUCUGAUGUUCUGGAGAUGCAAGGAUCAAAUAGACUUGAUUUUGGUUCUGUUGCUAUGCAUUCUGUUAUUAAAACUAAUGAUGAAAUAAGUACUUCCAUUCCAGGUUGUGAAAUAAAAGAAAAUUCUAUUGUAGAUUCUUAUUGUGGUAAGCAGGAUAUAGUUGAUAGCAUGACCAAUGAGAAAGAGAAGAAGACGAACGAAGCUACCAACACUGUUACUGUUGAAAAUAAUAUUUUCUCAGGUGAUGAGUCACUCUUGUCAAAUACUCUUUGUAAAUCUCCCAACGAAACAACUUUCCUCCAAUGCAUCGCCAACAGAAUUGAUAAUAUCCACAGCCAGGAAGAAGGUUCUCAGAACAGUUCACUUGCCGCUUUCAGAAGGGACCAAAUUUGUGCAGCUGACAUCAAUAAGGAUCAGGUAAUCAUGAGUUCAAUUGAUGAGCAUAAUCAAGAGAGAGAUCUGGAUGGUGGUCUACUUGCCCUGAAUUCUGAAGGGAGAGCAUUUGGUGGUGAAAAUAUCAAGGAUAGACCACUAUUUAGUACAAUAACUGGCAUGAAACUUGAUGAAACGGAUUUCGCUGGGAAGGAUAAGCUGAGCACUGACUUUGGCGAAUAUUGCCCAUCACAAGGGGAUCCUGCAGCCAACAUCAAGGAGCAAAGAAGUUCUGAAGGCUAUUCAUUUGUUCUAUGUGGUAAUGGGCAAAGAUAUUGUUCUGUAAAUAAUCUGGAUGAGCUUUCAACUUCCAAUACGGCGGAGCUGACACAUGCAAGAGGUUCUAAAGGGCCUUCACCAUCAUCCUUAGAUGCGAAAACAUGUCCUUGGAACAAUAAGGUGAACCAAGUUUCUACUAGCACAGUGACCAGGUCCAGAUGUGGUGAACUGGGCAAGUCUAGGACUAAUGUACAAACAGUAAAUUUUGGCAAUAACAAGACUCUAACUAUUGGGGGUACAGUGACUAGCUGUGAACCAGAGAGUAGUUUGGGAAGGUGCUCAGUCAUUCCAUCAUGGAAUGAACAGACUUGUUUUGCUGAAAAUGAUAAAAAUGCCACUCGCAGAUGCACGAGAAAGAAAAACUGGCAAGAGAAGGGAUCUGAAGGUAGCCAGCUCACUUUAUUUAGUGGCGAACAAUCUCUUGGUUUUGAAAAUAAUAUAAUGAAGGUUUUCAAUUACACAUCGGGGUUGACCAAUCAUGAAGAAGUCCAAGACUCUAAGAACAGUGACUGUAGCAAAGAUGCUGAUCUAGUUGUGGGACAUGUAACUAAUAUUGAACUGGAAAGAAGUGCUAACAGUUUUUUACUUGAUCCAUCUGGUAAUCAUCUAAUGUUUGCAGCAAAAGAUGAGUUCUUGAAUGGAUCAUCAAAGAACCUUGCACAGGGUAGAAUUUCUGAAAGCAGCUCUCAUAGACAAUCUUGUGAUGAGCAAAAGGGAAAUAAUGAGAAUAAUAUGAUCUCAUUUAUCACAAUGGAUCAGCAUAAAAAUAAGGAAGUUAAAAGUCGUGAGGGUGAGCCACAUCUUGUUUUUCACCAUAGGCACGUGGAACAUGAUGCGGAUAUUGUGAAAAACACAAUGGAAAAGGAUUCGUUCCUAUCAAUUUCUGGGAAUAAGCAAAAAUUUGCUGCUGAAGAUAACAGAUCUGGUAUUUACCGCAGUACUCAAGAUGAGCAGAGAAGGGCUUCUAUAGAGAGCUUAUUUUGUCUCUCUAGUAGUGAGCAAGUCUUGGGAGUUGAGAAUAAUUCGGACAUGGUUUUGACAGGCAAAGUACAACAGAAGCCCAGGUUAGAGGAGUUGUAUCCUAGGAAGAAUGAAUCAGCGAUUGGUUUUAGCACCGACUCCCAAGCUAGUGAAAAUGCUGCAUCUGAGUUUAUGUGGAGAACUGAUGAAGAAAAUGACUUGCUUAGUAGUUUUGCUGAUACUUCAUCACAGCUUGUGCAGUCAUCAGGCUGUUUUCCCACAUAUGGUGCAAUGUCAGAAAAGGGUGAAAGUGAGCUCUUUGGCCACAAGUUUAGUGGCAUAUCCGGUUUUGAAGGGCUAAAGUCAGGCAACAUGGAGAAUAUGGAAUAUAAUUUUAUGACUUCUCAUUCAGAUGAGUCGAAGAUUUUUCCAUAUGGUGUAGAUAUAGCUCAAGGGCUUGAGCCGUCUGUUUGGCUCGAGAAAGAAGCUAUGCCUUUGUUACCAAAGAUGACAAGCAAGCGCCAUAUUCGUACUUUUUGUGUCUGGUGCAGAAAUGAGUUUCAGUACGAGGCUCUUGAAUCUGAAGCACAAAUAGGGUCAUUGGGUCUUACAUGUGCAGCCUGCAAGGCCAAGUUCUCUGGUCAAUUUAAUUUAUUGUAGAAUGGGCCAUUAGUGCAGUCUGAGCUCAAUGAGGACAUUCUUCUCCUAUGCCUAAAUUUGGAUUGAGGACAAGAGUUUAAUAUGAGGUAAUUUCUAAAUCUAAACAAAAUUAUGCUUGGGUAAUAUUGAUCAUCCACGUUGCCCCGUGUAGAAAUUCUUAUACUUGAGCUUGGCGGGACUGGUGACAUUCAUUUGACAGGGUUAAAUUCAAUUAUUGUCUUCAUGACUCCUGAACCCCUGUAAAAAAGAACAAUGACGAAUACUCUUUCUAUGCUUUUCAGACAAUGUACUCGGUGCAUGGUAAUUAGCCUAGCAAUGCUAUAUAUUGUGCAAGAGGCUUAUCAUGGAGGCCUGGUACGGCUGUUUGUAUUUGGAUAGAGGUUACUGUAAUUUCUCAGUCUAGGGCAACUAAUUUUUUUUAACCCCUUCAUCUUGUGGAGGUUCUUUUUUACCACCACAAGAAAGGAAUAGGUAGGGGUAUUGGGUGGCUCAUUAAUUUAGAGGCUGAUUUGGGCAUAGAGUGCAUGUCAGGACCCUUGUAGGCUUUUUCAGCUAACUUUUGAAUGUCAAUUUUUUCCUUUUCCUGCUAAUACUGCUGCUUUGCUUUAUUGUAUGUUGCCUAAAGAUUUUUCACUUGGAAGUUAAAUCUACUCAUCAUUAUUGUUUUGC